AUGUCUCUUCCAGACCGAGUCCUACGGUUCCCUAGAUCCGAUGAGGCUGGGGCAUUUGUGCUCAUUCAUGUUUCACAGAACAGCUCGGCGCCUUUUGAUUUAACCCUGACAGCAACUGAAGGAGAAUCGCCCUAUAUCAGCUUAUUGAAGCAGGCACGCCUGAAAGACCUUCGCGCAAAGAACUAUCAAGGGUCAGAGGAUGACUGGGCCAACACAGUGUCCCUAAUUCUGGGACAAUCCUCUCCGCCAUCGGAUGAGCCGGAUUGGGCCACUGGCCUUGAAACAGUGGCCACUAUAUCAGACUCUGAAGAGGACAAGGAAAUUGUGAUUACUAUACGGAAGCGAGUGCAGACCAUCACUCAACGUCUCGGUGCGCUUGUAUUGAAGCAAGACGACGAGCAAGCCGUGGAACUGUUCGAGUGGACUGGGAUUGCCGUUAUGCGAGCUGACAUGCUGGAGCAACAAGUCUCCAGCCUAACUUCUCGUUAUCGCCUCGCCGAGGACACAAUACACAAGUUAAAUGAACAGCUUGAAAACCUCAUGCAGGCGAAGACCCAACAUGAAACCCAACUGGUGACCAACUUCGCGCAGCUUUUGAAUGAGAAAAAGCUCAAGAUUCGCAAUCAGCAACGCCUUCUGGCAUCAGCGACUCCAGACGCAACUAAAGUCUCUGAAAUCCAAGCUACUAUCCCUGAAGAGGAGCACAGUGUCGCUGGACAACUCCAUUCGACAAAAAGAAGCGCUCAGGGUUUGAGCGAGUCUGAGAACUCCGAUGGAUUUGAACAGAUGCAUCUCGAUACGGAAAGGGCUAAUCAAGACGCUAUCAAUGACCACGACACGGACGAUGAGCGUUCAACUCCUCAGCCCCUAGAAGACGAGAACAACAGCACGACAGACGAUGAUGCGUCCCCGGAUAAUUCUGCUCAUAUGAAAACAGUCCCCCAAGCAAAGGACACAGCUCCCCCCCGAAGGGAGUUGCCGUUCAUCAGAAGGGCUGGGGGAGCAACAACGAAGACUCCAUCAACUAUGACCCACGAAAAUGCCGAAGAAACCGCCGGGGAGACUGAUGACGAUGAGCUGUGA